AUGCUGGCUGUAGGACUGAAUGGAGAAAGUGAAAUAGUAACAAUUUUUGUAACUGCAUCCGAGGAUUCAGUAACACUAAGUGAAGUGCUGGAAACAUUUAAAUCAAGAAAUGAAAAAUGGACUAAAAUUGUCACUAUUUUCACAGAUAAAGACAUGGCAGAAAGAGACUCUAUAAGAACAAUUUUUCCAAAUGCAGUUUUUUUACUAUGCCUAUUUCAUGUUCUACGAGCAAUGAGUCGAGAAGUUACUGUUUUGAAAAUGGGAAUUUCAGAAAGCCAGCAAAUAUAUGCAUUAAAAUCUCUUCAAAAAAUGGCUUAUGCCUCUUCUGAAAUAGACUUUGAAAAACAAAGAGAUGAUUUUGUUGCCAAAAUGCCACAGAGUGUUGUUCGUUAUUUUGAAAAUAACUGGAACAAUUGCAUAACUGAAUGGGUGUAUUGUUAG